GAAGUCGUGCUCUCUACGUCGAUGCAGAACAUAAAGUUGUUCUAAUAGAAUUUGCGGAGGAUAGUCGCACUCCGUCUUUCAGGAUUGCCUACGAACUUCCAAAGCCCGUUUCAGCACCCACAGUUGCAUCGUUGAACUUCGAGUAUCCUUCUUCGGCAUUCCUCGACCAUAACUCAGUGUUUGUGGCCGAUGGCCACGGUGCACUGUACGUCCUCAAUCUCGCUGCUGCAGGCGCUUCAGAUCUAGUUGGAUGUUAUGAGUUAUCGACUCCUGAAUCCAAUAUGGCUAUCCCAUUUCGACUUCACAGUGUCGUGAACACAUCAGAAACUGCAGCUGUGGCCUUACUAUCAUCCAGAGUUUACGAUGAUAAAAAUGGAGAGCCGCUUGCACAAUCUGGUAAAUACAUGGGGAAAAGUCGUGCCGCUCGUUUUGAUAUCUGGGCCGUACAAUUCACAUUGCCAUUCUCUCAGGCUCACAAUGAGGUUAUCAGCUUAAACGUAAUUUGGCGGAGGCGCGGAGA